AUGUCGCGCGUGCUGCGGGCUGUUCGCCAUCUUCGCGAGGCAGCAACGAAAUUUACAUUUCGUAUAUCUGUGGAAUCCCUAAAGAUAAACCUAGAUGAGCCGGCAACUGUCGUUGUCGAUCUCACCCGAGGGCCCCGACGCGUGCGUGGGAAUGCGACGAUAGAAUUGUCCAAAGGCGAUAAUGAAUUAUCGUUGAACAUUCCGCUGCAGUGCAACGCCACCCUAUUCAAGCCGAAGAACAGCUCUCAGGCCAGCAGUAACAGCGGCAGCAACCAAAAGAGGCAGAAGUCCAAAGUUGAAGGAGUGCCAGAGGCAGCAGAUGAUGGUGCUGCUGAUGCUGCUGAUGAGGUCCCGUUUCUGCCUAAAAAAGCUCAGCUGCAGCUGCUCGACAUUUCGAAAUCGCGGCGACUGGGGGGCCGUCUGCUCUCUCGAAUGCGGCCUUCGCCUUCUGUGUCGUUUGCAUCUGCAUUGCCUCGAGACUCUUCUGCCGCUGCCUCCAUCUCUCUAUCUCCGGAGACCACAACGGAGAUUCGAGAGUCCGGGGUCCUUGUGGCAGAGGCUUCAUUUGACCUGGCCUCUCUGGCUGCUGCUCACGGCAAAGGCAUGCAGUACCAGACCAUCCUUCUACCGCUAGAGAAGGGAAAGGGACAAAUCACCAUAUCCGCCUCCCUACAUAGACACGAAGGCCCCCUUCCAGAUGAGGAGGACUGCCUCUCCGUUUGUUCUGCUCUUCAGUCUCCUCCACAAAAUGCCCGACCCUCUCCUCCCCAAGUCCCUCGAGGCAAGACAUCGGCAGCUUCGCCGAAGCCUGCAUCAGCAGCAACAGCAGCAGUAACAGCAGCAGAAACAAAGCACCCCGCAUCGCUCGCAACUGCAGUAAAAGCAGAGGUAGCAGAAGACCAGCAGCCCUUGGUGCUACGUCUGCCUCAUAAGGAGACUCUGCCUUCCUCCUUGGAGACACCUAUCCUGGAAGAGGCGACUCCGCUUCAGCAGCAGCCUCACGCAGCAGCAACAACACUGGAAGCAACAGCAGAGGCGGGAAAUGGAAAGGAAGGGGCAGCAAAUACUUCUUCAGCAGCCAAUGCUCAGCGACCACCAAUGCAGGAACUCGCAUCUACAGGAACUGCAACUACUCCGGCGGAAUUGUCUCCAGCAGAAAGUCAGCGGCAACCGAACCAGCAGACACAACAGCAGCAGUUGCAGGGAAAACAGCAGCAGCAGCAGGCUGAACUGCGAAGAAAGGACGAGCUCAUAGCGAGUCUGCAGCGCCAAGUAGCCCUCAUGGAAGCGGAGCAACUUCAACAAGAGAGGGAGAAGGGAGACAGCUCCGCGGUAGCUGCUGCGCUGAAGCAGCAGCUGCAAGACUCGGAGCAACGGCUGCAACAGAUGGAAAGGCAGAGACACGAAAUGCAGCAGCAGCAGCAGGAACUGCAGAAGAGAAACACCGAACAGCAACAGGAGAUGCUGCAGCUGCAGGCGGAGAGGGAUGGGAUGCGGCUGAUUGCAGACGCUUACAAGAAGCAGCUUGAGGAAGUCCACCAGCACCAGCAGCAACAGCAUCAGCAGCACCAGCAGCCGCAGGAAGACCAGGUGGUGGUGCUGCUGCACCAAGCGGAGCAGUGGGAGCUCGAGAAGAAACAGCUGCAAUGUAAGCUAGCUGACGAGAUGAGGGAAAAGGAAGCAGCACUAAACCAGGUGCGCAUGCUACAGCAGCAGCUGCAGCAGCAGCUACAGCAGCAGCAAUUGCUGCAGCAAAGUGCAGGCCUCAGCCCAGACCCGGCAGCAGUCCUGCAGCACCAAAUCAUAUCGCUCCAGCGCCAGCUCGUGGAAGCGGCAGAUACGAGGGAGACGCUGCGCAGGGCGAAGGAUCAAACGAUCGCCGAACUGACCAAAGCCCUUCAGGAAAUGCAGCAAAAACAAGGAGAAGCCCAAGCGGCUCAGCAGCAUACAAUGCAGAGCCUGAACACAUUUAAGGAAGAGGCAGAAGCUCUCAGGGAGAAGAUCCGCUACCAAGAGGAGACGCUGCAACGACUACCCACUCAGGCAGCCUGGUCUUGCGCUCAACAGCAGCACCAGCUGCUGCUGCAACAGCAACGGGAGUGGCAGCAGCAGCACGAACAGCAGCGCCGACAGCAGGAGCUGCAGCUAGCAGCAAAAACACGACGCGUAGAAGAGCUCGAGAAGGCACAGCGCUAG